GAUUACGAUUGCCCUCAAGGGCAACGGCUAGCCGCCGCGCGCAUUUGUGACACACACGUUUGCGUGUCGUGUGACAUUUAAUCUGCUUUUAUUGGAUCACAGAGGCGCACAUAACGGACUUUAAAGCUCAGGAAACAAAGCCGGGUCGUUGGUCCCGGAGCUGCCCAUUUUCCCAGUUGGACGAGCGGCCAGAGAACACUGUGCUUACACAGCCGAAGAGCAGCAGGCCGUUCACAAUGCGCUGCGACAGAAACUCGGGCCGGAAUUUAUCAGCAGCAGACUGGCUGGCGGAGGACAGAAGGUGUGCUACAUCGAGGGCCACCGCGUGAUCAGCUUGGCCAACGAGAUGUUCGGGUACAACGGCUGGUCUCACUCCAUCUCGCAGCAGAACGUCGACUUCGUGGACCUGGUCAACGGGCGGUUUUAUGUCGGCGUCAGCGCUUUUGUCAAAGUGCAGCUGAAGGACGGCGCGUACCACGAGGACGUGGGCUACGGCGUGAGCGAGGGGCUGAAGUCCAAGGCUCUGUCCCUGGAGAAAGCCAGAAAGGAGGCCGUCACCGACGGCAUGAAGCGAGCGCUCAAGUGCUUUGGGAACGCCCUCGGAAAUUGCAUCCUAGACAAAACUUACCUUCAGGCCAUUAACAAGAUCCCCAAGCAGACGCUCCCGGCUUUGGACCUGGCCCAGACCAAGCGCUCGGAGACCGAGCCCUCCCUGGAGAAGGUCCGUUUCGACAGUCUGCUCCGAGAGGCCCAAUCGGGGCCCGCCGUCACGCCGUUGGAGCCCCGAAUCCAAAACCUGACGGAGCAAACGCAGACGCCUCACGCCGGCGACCUUCCAGGCGGGGGCGCCGUCUCAAGGCAGACGACGGCGGCGGCGCCGGCGGACGCGUCGUCCGAGUCGCACGCGGACCCCAAGCAGCUGCGCAAGCUGCGGCAACAGCAGCUGCAGGAGAAGUUCCGCAAGGAAAUGGAGGCCAAGAGGCUGCAGCAGAAGCAGGAGGACGACGGGGAGGAGAACGCGGUUGUCGACGCCGGAGAAGGAGACGAUCCGGAACUCUGGAACUUCUCCCUGAACUUCGAGGAGUCGGACGCCCCCGAAAGGGGUCUCGGGCCGAGCACGCCCAACAGUCACAAGAUGCGGACCCGCAGCAAGACCCCGCAAAGGAGCGCCGCCGCCGCACCUGAGCAGCAGCGAGACAGACGGGAUGCGUGGAUGCAUCAAGCCGGACCAGUCGGAACGUCGAGUCCGUACCGAGCCGGGCAGACGCUGAAGAGACGCAGACUGGAUGCAUGAUGUCGACCUAUAUUUCUAUUUAUUUUUGUGGUUCAUCUCAAUUGUUUUCAUGUGUUGCUGCUACUUGCAUAAAUUGUCAGCUUAUUGCCUUAUACAUAUUUAUAAUGUCACAGUUGUUUAAUUCUCCACUUUUUUUUUUUUAAUACAUGUACAGUUGAAGCCAGAAGUUUAAACACUGCGCAAAAACAUUUUUUUGCGUGUCUGAAGUCAAAUCUGAUCAAAUCUGUCCCGUUUCAGGUCAGUCAGGAUCACCAAAAUUAUUAUUAUUUUUUUUUAUCCCACAAUGAUGGAUAUUUCUCAAUAAAUAAUUUUCCUCAAGAUCCAAAGUUUACAUACACUUCCGAGUAUGGAGCAGUUCCACCUGUACUGUCAGGAGGAACGGGCCAAGAUUCCAGCAGAGUACUGUCAGAAACUCGUGACCCAAUUUAUGAAAUUCAAAGGAAAAUGUAAACAUUGGACCUUGAGGAAAAUAAUAUAAAAUGUGGCAUUUAACAAAAUUAUUUUGGUGAUCCUGACUGACAGGAAAAAGGAGAGCUUUUGUCUGAUUUGACUUCACUCAGAAUAAAAAUGUAUUUUCGCAGUGUGUCAACUGGAUUUCUAUUUUUAUAAUUGUAAAUACAGCCACAUCCCCGGUUAUGGGUGUGCACAUUUGUGCAACUCUAACUUCUCAACUCAAAUAGUUUACUUCCAAUCAAGUUUUAAAGACAACUUUCAAUUUGAUUGUACAGGUAAACCCCCCCCCCCAAAAAAAAAGUUAAAAACCUGGCAUUUGAAGAUGGGUGUGCAGACUUAUCCAAAUUGAACGGCGACUCACCCGAUUGACAAAAGGUUUCAAAUACAACAAUAUUUGACAAUAUGGGCAAUUUAAUAUUUUUAAUUUGUUUUUACAUUUUUUACAAUGUGAAAAACAUACACAAAACCAGACAUCAAAUCACAGAAUACGGAAAGAGUAGAAUUGUGUCAGUAGCCUCGCGUGUCGCUUGGAGCUCCUUUGCGGAUCUUUUUUUUCGUUUGUUUUUGAGAACUUGUGCUGUACAGCGGCUGUCAAAUCGAACACCAGUGAAGGCGGCAUGCACAAAACACGGUUACGUACGCCGCUCCGCUAUUCAACUUGCGCCCGCGAACGAAGGGAAACGACCCGGCGAUGACCCCGAAAGGCAAAACAAUCCGAAAUCGCGUCCCCCUUAUCAAAAAAAAAAAAAAAAAAAAAAACCUCGAGUCCGAGACCCUCGACCUCAGGCAAAUGUCUCCACGAACCCUGCGUCCCUAGAAAAGUUUGCAUAUUCUGCAUUGCAGGAACUUAUUUUUUUCUCUAGAGAAGUUUUAACUAGUCCAAAAACUACGAGCGGGCCACCGGAGCGCAUCUGUCAAAACGGUUUCCGUGAGAAAUCCACCAAAAAAAAAAAAAAAAAAAGCCAGGCAAAAGCACAAGAACGAGCCAAGUCAAAGCGGCAAAUUAACCACGAGGAGAACAUUUCCACAUUUGCGUCCUGGACGUUGUUCGCGGUGCGUUCACAUUGCGUGCUGGGGAAGCCGCUUCAGCGUUUAUUCCAAAUUUUUCAUUUCCAGCUUAAGGUCCGUAAACUGUUCGAUUUCAACGACUGGACCACCAGUAACAGUUUUGUCCCUCGUCCUUACGAGUACAACAAUUGCAGGCCCAGCGAAGU